AUGGGGGCUUCUUUGUUGUUGCAAGACCGGACGAGCCGGAGCAACUCUAGCUUCUGGACCACCAACUCGCAGCCCGUCUGGAAGAACAAUUGGGCUCUCACUGACGGACAGCAAGUCUUUUUUCUACUUCUUGUAUUGUUAUAUUUAACAUAUGAGAUGCAGUCCUUCAAUCAUUGGACGGAUAGGCGACCAAGAUCAUGUGAUGUCUCAAAUGACAUCGAGAGUCAGCCCCCUGCAGAAAAGAGGAUAAGGGUCCGCAAUAAACCGCACAAGCCUCGCAAUGGUCAGAUAGCCAUAAUACCUAAGGGUGACAACCAAUUCCGCUAUGCUAAUUACUCAAUUGAUGAUAAAAUGAAGAAAGGCCCCAUCCUUGGAGUGCUUUUAAAGCAAGAAUAUCCUCUGAUCAUUGAAGGGACAACUAGAGAUGGUCAUCCAUUCAAAUAUCAUGCAAGCAAGUGGGAACACUACUCGCACAUUUUAAGGGAUGAUGCACAAACCCCAGCUGAUCGUGUGAAAGAAGAGUCCUGGGAAGCUAAGCAUGGACCUGGGAAGGGCACUAUAAUAAAUGCCUUUUCCUGCAUGAAAGCUGGCCUUAAGAAUUGUGAUGCCAGUGGCAAUGCUGGCCCAAUUCCAGAACGGGCAAAGAAACUUGUUGAUGACUAUAAUGAAGCAUUGCAAGAAAAGUAUCCAGAGAACUGUCAAGAGCAACCUUUUGAUGGUCAAAUUGCAUAUAAUAUUGGUGGUGGCUUGUUGCAUGGUCGUCUUGCAAUAGGAGAUGGUGCUGUCAACAAGGCUACAAUAAUUGAUGCUGCUAAGGCAGGUGGGACAAGGCCAGCAACCUCAAGGGGUUUUCAAAAUCUGUUGGCAAGAUAUGAGGAGUCACUUGCCAACGUUGGUCGCUUAACUCAACAAAAUAUUGCCUUGGUUCAACAAAAUGCUGCAUUGACUUGA